AUGACGACGGGUGUUGGUACCAAGUUCUGGAUCGCGCCCGAGGUACUUCGAUCGAGCAAUGGUGGGCCUAGCUACGGCUCUCCCGCCGACAUUUACUCGUUUGGCGUCGUCCUCACCGAGCUCGACACGGGCGAGACGCCGUAUGCCGACAUCGACGACAAGCUUUCGAUUCUCGACAGAGUGUGCGAUGGCACGCUGCGUCCGAAAAUGAGCGCCACUUGCGAGCCUUGGCUCCAAGCGCUCGCAAACCAGUGUCUGGAACACGAUCCCGCCAAGCGCCCGACAGCCGACAGCAUUAUCGCUACACUCGUGGCGCAUCGGGAUGGCAAGAACGUACCGGCAACAAAAGGUGUGCUUACGGUGAUGGCCAGCCUUGCAACGAUCGACGAGGAAGACACCGAAGCCCAGGAA